CCCUGAUGGGGCCUCACUUGUUAAUGGGCCUAAUGGGCCGACCAGGGACGGAGCCACUUGGUGGUGCGAUCUCUCUGGUGGGAGAGGAGGAAGGACGUUGGGAGGGGAGUGUGACCGGCACGAAGAGGCGACAAUGGCGCGAGGUGGUGCGUGGGCAACGACGGCGGCGGCGGUGCUGUGGUGGAUGGCGGCGGGGGCCGGGGCGGUGUGGCUGGAGAUCGCGCCGUCGGGGACCAAGUGCGUGGCGGAGGAGAUCCGGUCCAACGUCGUCGUCAUCGGCGACUACUCCGUCCUCUACGAGCACCAGCAGGUCCAUCCCACCGUCUCCGUCAAGAUCACAUCCCCUUUUGGGGAUACCAUACACAAGAAAGAUAAGGUUACGGUGGACCAGUUUGCAUUUACCACAUCAGAAGCAGGAAAUUACUUAGCUUGCUUUACGGUUGACGGUGAUAACAAGGGUUUGGUGGUGAAACUAAAUCUUGACUGGAGAAUCGGUAUCGCAGCAAAAGAUUGGGAUGCUGUUGCUAAAAAGGAAAAGAUUGAGGGAGUUGCACUAGAGUUGUUUAAGCUUGAUGAAUCUGUCCAAACAAUCUAUGAUAAUCUGCUCAUGCUGAGGAACAAAGAAGCCGACAUGAGAGAUGUCAGUGAGCAGACGAAUACUAGGAUCUUAUGGCUGAGCAUGAUGUCGCUCGGUGUUUGCAUUUGUGCUUCAAUUUUGCAGCUGGUGCAUCUAAAACAGUACUUCCGAAAGAAGAAGCUCAUCUGAGAUUAUAUACUCCUCUGCAGCAUAAGUACAUUACAUGUUCUAUUUAUAGUAGAUGAAAUAUAAUAAAUUAGCCACAAUGGAUUUAAGCAAUUAUGUAUUAGAAGAAUGAUAGCAUGUUGUCACCUAAUCCCAAGUUCAGAUAAGA